CCGAGAAGCCACAACAACAACAGCAGCAGCGGCGGCCGCGGUGGCAGCAGCAGCAGCGGCGUCGGGCCCCGCGGGGAGCGCGGCUCAGGAACAGGGGGCCCCGAGGGCCCCGUCUCCCCUCCCCAUGGAGGAGAGUUUCCUUCACUCCUUCAGCAGCUUGAGCCUGCAACCGCAGCCGCCCCCGCAGCCGCUGCCGCCCCCUCGCCGCAGACCCCAGCGCCGGGGCAGCUUCAGGAAGCACCUCUACCUCCUGCGCGGCCUCCCGGGCUCGGGGAAGAGCACGCUGGCCAGAAAACUGAAGCAUGACUUUCCCAGGGCCCUGAUCUUCAGCACAGAUGAUUUUUUCUUCAAGGAAGAUGGUACUUACGAGUUCAACCCUGAUGUCCUGGAAGAAGCUCAUGACUGGAACCAGAAAAGAGCAAGGAAAGCAAUGAGGAAUGGCAUAUCCCCAAUUAUUAUUGAUAAUACCAACCUUCACGCCUGGGAGAUGAAGCCCUAUGCGGUCAUGGCACUUGAAAAUAAUUAUGAAGUUAUAUUCCGAGAACCUGACACUUGUUGGAAGUUCAAUGUUCAGGAGUUAGCAAGAAGAAACACACAUGGGGUCCCAAAAGAAAAAAUACAUCGAAUGAAAGAACAGUAUGAGCAUGAUGUGACCUUUCACAGUGUACUUCAUUCUGAAAAACCAAGCCGAUUGAGCAGAAGCCAGGACAGGCACAUGCCGCCUUUCAACAGUGCAGGAUACUGGAACUCCUACUUAGGGUUUCCAAACCGGAGAGCUCCCGGGGGCUUCUCAAAUGACAGCUACUUUAACAGAAGGGGGGGUUACCAUAAUGGAUAUUAAGAGUUCUAUAUUUUAUCUUUACAGCUGUUUUAAAUUUUCCUAAAUCAGUUUUUACUUCAAAUUUUUGUAUUUUAUUAUCUGUUCAGUUUGUCAGAGUUCUAAUGUAAUUCCGAGGUAAAUAAUUGAACUGGGGAAGUCUUUGUGCCUAAGUCAUCAUUAUCAUCAAAAGGAAUUUGUUAAGUGACCACAUGUGCAGAGGGCCUGUGCACAGUUGACUAAACAGGUACAGUCCCUUCCUCUGAGAAUGAAAUUGCAGUUGAAAACAGAUGAUAAAUACGUGCUCAGGUGCAGGGGACACGCGGCCAUGUGAUUGAAUAAAAUUGAACCAGUUCAUGAAGUGUUUCUAUUAUACAUAUUUAAGCAUCAGUGUAAUUGAUUCCUCUGUAAUAGACAGGGAUUUAUUUUUUCACUUGCUGUAUUUGACCCUAGGACACUCAUGCAUGUCUUGUGUUGUGCAGUGGGGAGUCUCCAUCUCCUUCUAGAUCGUCCCAUUGCCUGUGCUAUUUUGGUUAAGAUAUGUAGGGAAUGUAUGAAUUGUGACCAAAAGGGGGAUAUUUUUGCUUUCUAAACAAAUGUAGCAGAAUAUAUAUACAUCUAAACAAACGUUUUUCUUUUGAAAGUGGCCACCUUAAUAAGGAAGCUCAAUCCAAGAUUGCUAUCAUUGCCCAAAAUGUUUUGGAAAGGAAACCAGUCACAUUAAAUAAUGAAAUCACAACUAUACCCCCUUUUGGAUCACCCACUUUAUUCAUUUGUUUCCAAGAGCUUUAGACCAUACUGUACUGUUAGCUAAGCCCACUUUUUAAAAGGACUUGUAGAUUUGUAUAGAAGCAUUGUUUCCAGUUUACCAGAAAUAAACCAAAUUUUGGGGAACUCAAGUGGCUAAAAACCAUAAUAUGAAGACUAAUAGCAUCAUUAAAUAUGGUAGCAGUAAGACCAUGCACAAUGUGCAAGAAGAGGGUAUCUUGGGAACGUCCCUUUCUCCAAUUAGAACUUUGAAAAGCAUCUGUUAACAAGUACUGUUUCCUUAGUGCAAAUUAAUUAGAAGGUUUUUUCCCUUGUUACCUUUUCACUUAAGACAGUGAUAAACCAACAGCACGUGUAGCUUUCUAUUUGCUCUUGGCUAAUGUAGCAUUGUUCUCUAUAGGCUCUAUAUUUUCUAGUGUUUUGUAAUCUCUCAUUUUUAAAGUGUUUCAAACAAUGGUGCUUUAAGUCAUUCUUUUAUGUAUGUUGUAUUUAUAUGAAUUUAACAAAGCAAAUAAUGAAUGUAAACCAAGUUUUCUGGAUAUGACAUUCUAUUUUCCUACAUGCUACCAAUAUACAUUAGUACUUCAGAACA